UAGAUACAGAAAUAGAUAAUAGAAGUGUGAGUGGUAGAGUUCGUAGGAAUGCAUCCGUAUUAGGUGGUGGAGGAUUAAGUAGGGGGAAUAGCAUACGAACUCUUCCUCCUUACACUGAGAUGGCUGAAGAACCUUCUGAUCAACAAGAUGUCAUUACUAUGUUAACUCGAUACUUUUUUCCUCCUGGAGAAUUACCACCACCUUAUGACAGUAUACGUCCUAAUGAAUCAAGAACUGACGAUAUUCGAAGGUUAUCAACUUUGAAUUAUGUUAGUGACGUUCAAGAUGAUCCUAAUGCACCAAUUAUUAAUAAUUCAGAAGAAAUGAAUACCACUACAUUAGAUGAAGUUAGAGAUGGAGUUACUUUUGAAGAAUUAACACCAUCUGAGGCAUUAUCACGACGUUCUACAAUUACAAGGCACGAAGGAUCUAGUACUAAUCCUCUUGUAUUACCUGAAGCUAGAGAUACAGAUUCACCAAGUUUCGAUAAUGAUCAAGAUCAAGUUGACGAAACAUCUAAGUUACAUCCACAAUUAGAAAUUGAGAA